GGCAGCAAGGACAAGCACCACCAUCGUACGACCAUGCUCUGACUUCUUGACCAUCCCUUGACGCAACGACCAUGCUGCGAAGAGUGCCUCUACCCAAGCUGCGAUCGCCCUCUGCGGCUGCAUCGCUGCAGACGACCCGCCGCUAUGCAUACCAGAAAGCUACGCCCAGCACCAACAAAGACGAUUCUACCGGCCACCCCUCCAACCCCUCCGAUGACCCCAAGCUCUCGCCCCUCUACACACCCCUCACCGGAAGGCAUCUCCUCGAAGAGCCAAUGCUAAACAAAGGAGCAGCAUUCACACCCGAGGAACGCGAACGCUUCAAGCUAAAGCACUUCUUACCUCAUGAGUAUCACCGACUGGAAACCCAGCUAAGCAGAGCAGAGGCGCAAUUGAGGUCGAGGCAAGACCCGCUGGCAAAGUAUAGCUUCUUGAGGAGCAUGAAGGACCAGAAUCAAGUCUUGUUCUACGCACUGAUUCAAAAGAACCUCAAAGAGUGCUUGCCCAUCAUCUACACCCCAACGGUCGGAGACGCAAUCAAGGAAUUCUCGCACCUCUUUCGUCGUCCAGACGGUGUAUUCCUCUCCUAUCCUCACUUCAAGGAAGGUGGUGCUCGCUACCUCAGAGAUGCCCUGACAGAUCAUGGAGCACUGACAAAGGACGACAUUGACCUGGUCGUCUUCACCGAUAGCGAGGGCAUCCUGGGCAUCGGGGACAUGGGAGUAGGAGGUAUUGGCAUCGUCAUUGGCAAACAGACAUUGUACACUCUCGGGGCAGGCAUAGAUCCCAAUCGCUGCCUCAAUGUCGUGCUGGACCCAGGAACGGACAACCAGCAUCUCCUCAAUGAUGACCUCUACCUGGGAUGGCGGCACACCAGGGUCAGAGGAGAGGACUACGACAAGUUCGUGGACACAUUCAUGGCCGAGGCAGCCGAAGCUUUCCCAUACGCUAUGCUCCAUGCCGAGGACUUUGGCAAUGCCAAUGCAUACCGCUUGUUGGAGAAGUUCCGACCAAAGUACUCGAUCUUCAAUGACGAUAUCCAAGGCACAAGUGCAGCAGCUCUAGCCACUCUCACUUCGGCGCUGAAAGUCACUGGUUCAACCCUUAAGGAUAGCAAGAUUGUGCUAGUCGGCGCAGGUACAGCCGGUCUGGGCAUUACUAUAGGCAUCCGGAAUGCCAUGAUGAAGGCGGAAGGUCUGUCGAAAGAGGAAGCAAAUGCGAGAUUCUGGUUGGUUGACCGAUAUGGCCUGAUCCACGAAGGGCAAGAAGGCAUUCGCGAGACUCAGCAAGAAUUCGCCAGAAGUAAGGACGAGGUUGCGAAUAUGACCUCUACGAACGAGAAGGGGCAGUUCAACAUCUAUGAUACAGUCAAGGCUGUAAAGCCGACGGUGCUCAUCGGUACCUCGACGAUCUCUCGAUCCUUCACCAAGGACAUCAUCGAAGAGAUGUCGAAGCACGUCGACCAGCCCAUCAUCCUGCCCAUCUCUAAUCCGACGAGCCUGUGCGAGGUAGAUCCGCAAGAUGCGCUAGACUGGUCGGAUGGUCGUGCUCUGAUCGCUACAGGAUCGCCGUUCCCUCCUGUGACGCACCCAAAGACGGGCGAGAAGAUCAAGAUCGCAGAGCUCAACAACGCCCUCGUCUUUCCUGCCCUGGGGCUGGGCACGAUCCUGUCCAAGUCCUCACGCCUCACAGACGGCAUGAUCGUGGCAGGCGUAGAAGCCCUCGCCUCCCUCUCCCCCACCCUGUCCGAUUCAAAAGCUCCCCUCUUGCCCGAUCUGGGUGAAGUGAGGGCAGUGUCUAUCAAGAUUGCCGCGGCGGUGAUGUUGAGUGCAAAGGAGGAGGGGCAGAGCAACAAUGUUGGUCAGUGGCCCGAGGAGCGCGAGGAGCUAGAGAGGUUCAUCGAGGCGCAAAUGUGGAAACCACGCUAUAGGCCAUUGGAGCUGGUGAAUACCGCAGUGGCGCAAUAGACCUCUGAAGAUAUGUGCUUUCAGGAAAGAAGAUGGAAUAGUGUACUGUUCAUUCUGCUCUGUAUCGAUUGCCCUGCCUAGGCAAAAUGCAUUUCCUUGGCACUGGCUCCCGUCCGAUGCACGGCCCC